GCCGGUUUUUAAUUACUAACAGACGCUGGUUCUAUGACUUGGCACGUCUUCCAAUCGUGGUAGGAAACGUCAUAUAACACGUGACGGUUGGAAAACAAGCCACUUCCUUACUGCUCAUGUGAUUUCAUAGAGAAGCCAUGUCCAGCAGGUACCAGAUAGUGGUGCAGGGCGAGGCGUCUGAGACAGACUCUGACGAUGAAGUCUACAUCACCUCCCUUUCUGCUCCACAAACUGCCUCAGUCGGAGCCAAGGUUCCUGGGGAGGCGUCUGAAACAGACAGCGAGGAUGAGGAGAAGGAGCAGGCGGACCGGGCCUCUGCAGUGAGCCUGGAAAGCGCUCAGAUACAUAGGAGAGACCUGCCUCCUCUUAUCGUAGUCAGAGACCAUCCAGAUAUACAGUCCAUAGUGGAGGACAGGCCAAGCCCCACACACAGACCACAUGGGGACACACUUUUACAACAGAAGCUGCAGGAGUCUAACAGCCGGCUGUAUCAUGACGUGUUGCAGACACUACGGCAGGUUUAUGGCGGUGCCACCAGGGAGGUGCGCAGUGCAACAGCUCAGCUGAAUACGUCGCAGAGCGCCAUCAUCAACGCUUCUCACAGCAUCAGAUUAAUUCUGGAUGACCUGAAGGCUGUGUCCGAGAAGAUUGACAUUAUCACCAGCUGUCAAAUACUGCCUGAUAUUAACAUCAGCAAUCCAAAUAAUUACACGGCUCCUGUACCUUAAAGAAACAAAUAAUUUUAUAUAAAAAAAAUAAAUAUAUCAUUAUGAUGUUUUAACAUCGUUUUGGGUAAAUUUUCAGUGAAUAUCAGAGAGUUGAACUCAGGCUGUAAAAAAUAGCAUGUUGGCUUUACUUCAGUGUUUACAAGCAAUACCUAUGCAUAUGAACAAGUACAUGUAUUUAACAGUCACAUACUACAUACUGUAUGUAUUUAUCUGUCAGGUAAUGUCUGUUACUGCGUCUGGAGCUCUGGGGAUAUUUCUGUAAAGAGCAGGAGUCAAGGAAUAAAACACAUGUUCUGUCA